UUCAUGAAAAUCAUGAUGUCUCCAAAUAAUGAAAAACAUGAUUUACAUUUAAUGAAAUAUGUUAAUAAGAGUACAGAACUAAAGAUUAUUAGAGCUACUUUAAAUACAAAAACUAAUACGUUACGACUUAAAAAAGAAAUACUCAAAGAAAGAUAUAAAGACUUGGAUAAUAUAAAUUGCAAAGUAUGGGUUACAGAAGAUGAAUUUUGUAACGAAAUUUGGAAUUUUUCUUUAAUGCAUAAUUUUAAUUCUAUUUUUAAUCAAAAUUCUCGUGUUACAAAAGUAGAUGAACUUCACAAAUGUAAAUAUAACACUGUAAUUGGUGAAAAUUUAAACAAAGUUGAUAUGUGUAAUAAAGUAUUAAAAUUAAAAAAUGAAAUUGAUAUUACCAAUAAGGAAAUAAUACUCAUUCGUAACAAAAAUACAGAAACCGAUUUAAAAUAUUGUGAAUCUACUUUAGAUGAUCUAAAAUCUUUUUCAGAAGAGAUAUUACAACUUAUAAGGGAAAAAUGUAUACAAUACAAUGAUAAAUCGGAACUUAAGUACAAGUAUGAUGGAAGAAUUUACGAGUGCAAGAAAAUUGUUCCAAAAAUCUAAUUUUUGCGGUAGUGCUUUAACUGAAAAUAUUGUUUCUCCAUCUAAAAUUAUUGAAGAAUCUAAAGAAGUAUAUAAUAUAGUUAUUACUUAUUAUAUGGAAUUAUAUUUUUCAUUGUAUCAUAUUUAAAAUUGCAGUGUCAUAACAUUAAACAUAAUGUAAAGUUCGGAAGAUUUAUUAUGAAAACACGAAGUCUUAUUUCUCUUAAAUAUGAAAAAAAAAAAAAAAAUGUAAGAAAUUCAGGAUGAGAGAAAUGAAUUAAUGUAUUCGUAGAAAUACUUCAUUUCGUACAAAUAAUGUAGUGUAAUUGUAAUAUUGCGGAAGUUACUAAUAUAUAUAAUAAAGUAUUUUAUAAGUUAA